UUAGUUUCCACGUUGGUAGCCCAUGUAAAGAAUUCAAUGCGUAUAAACAUGGAAUUGAAAUAUGUAAGGAAUUGAUUACUUUUGCUAAAUCGAUAGGAUGCAAAGAUAUUAAGUUAAUUGAUAUUGGAGGAGGUUUUCCUGGAGAAAGUGGAAUUGAAAUCGAUGAGCUUUCAUAUGUAAUUAAUGAUGCAAUCAAAGAAAUAGAUCCUACUAUAGAAAUUAUAAGUGAACCAGGUAGAUACUACGUAACAUCUGCUUUUACUUUAGCUGCGUAUUUACACUCAAAAAAAACUAUAUGGGAGGAAAACAGUCCAAGACAUAUGUAUUAUAUUAACUGCGGAGUAUACAGUGGUUUUGUAGAUGAAUUGUUGAACUUGCAUUCACGUCAACCAAUUUCACUGUCCAAUCCUGUAUCUGAUAAACAGUAUCUUUCUACUAUAUGUGGUCCGACUUGUAAUUCUUUUGAUUGUAUCAUUAAAGAUGUAUUACUACCAGAAUUUCACAUAGGAGAUUGGCUUGUAUGGAGCGAUAUGGGUUCAUAUACAAGUUCUAUAAGUUUUGAAUUUUGUGGGUAUAUGCCAUUGGUAGUUCAUCCGUUUAUCAGAAAAAGUCAAUGGCAAGAUUUUUGUGCCUUUACUAGAUGUGAUAUAAAUAAUGGAUUGUAAACAUUAACAAUUGAUUAGAAUAAAUAAUAUGAAUUUCAAUAAACGAAUAUAUUUAAAAAAUAAUGAAGGUAUAUAUCGUGCACUUACGAAGUAUAUUUGUUAUUUUAAAAUUUAGAAAUACAUAUUUUAUUUUACUUAA